AGCCGCGCGGGCCGCGCCGAGCGCCAGCGGGAGCGGAGCGGAGCCUCCGGCGGCGGCGGGAGAAGCAGCGCCGCCGCCAAGAUGGCCGACCUGGAGGCGGUGCUGGCCGACGUGAGCUACCUGAUGGCCAUGGAGAAGAGCAAGGCCACGCCGGCCGCGCGCGCCAGCAAGAAGAUCCUGCUGCCCGAGCCCAGCAUCCGGAGUGUCAUGCAGAAGUACCUGGAAGACAGAGGAGAAGUCACCUUUGAGAAGAUCUUCUCCCAGAAGCUGGGGUACCUGCUCUUCCGAGACUUCUGCCUGAACCAUCUUGAAGAGGCCAAGCCCCUGGUAGAGUUCUACGAGGAGAUCAAGAAAUAUGAGAAGCUGGAGACGGAGGAGGAGCGUGUGGCUCGCAGCCGGGAGAUCUUCGACUCCUACAUCAUGAAGGAGCUGCUGGCCUGCUCGCACCCCUUCUCAAAGAGUGCCACGGAGCAUGUCCAGGGCCACCUGAUGAAGAAGCAGGUGCCUCCGGAUCUCUUCCAGCCCUACAUUGAGGAGAUUUGUCAGAACCUCCGAGGGGAUGUGUUCCAGAAGUUCAUUGAGAGUGACAAGUUCACACGGUUCUGCCAGUGGAAGAAUGUAGAACUCAACAUCCAUCUGACCAUGAACGACUUCAGUGUGCAUCGUAUCAUCGGGCGCGGGGGCUUCGGCGAGGUCUACGGGUGCCGGAAAGCAGACACCGGCAAGAUGUACGCCAUGAAGUGUCUGGACAAGAAGCGCAUAAAGAUGAAGCAGGGAGAGACCCUGGCCCUGAACGAGCGCAUAAUGCUUUCCCUCGUCAGCACUGGGGACUGCCCCUUCAUCGUCUGCAUGUCAUACGCAUUCCACACGCCAGACAAGCUCAGCUUCAUCCUGGACCUCAUGAACGGCGGGGACCUGCAUUACCACCUCUCCCAGCACGGGGUCUUCUCGGAGGCCGACAUGCGCUUCUACGCCGCCGAGAUCAUCCUGGGUCUAGAACACAUGCACAACCGCUUUGUCGUCUACAGGGACCUAAAGCCCGCCAAUAUCCUUCUGGACGAGCAUGGCCACGUGCGCAUCUCAGAUCUGGGCCUGGCCUGUGACUUCUCCAAGAAGAAACCUCAUGCCAGCGUGGGCACCCAUGGGUACAUGGCUCCUGAAGUCCUGCAGAAGGGCGUGGCCUAUGACAGCAGCGCGGACUGGUUCUCCCUGGGCUGCAUGCUCUUCAAGUUGCUGCGGGGGCACAGCCCCUUCCGGCAGCACAAGACCAAAGACAAGCACGAGAUUGAUCGAAUGACGUUGACGAUGGCCGUGGAGCUGCCUGACUCCUUCUCCCCAGAACUCCGCUCCCUGCUGGAGGGCUUGCUGCAGAGGGACGUCAACCGGAGGCUGGGCUGCCUGGGCCGUGGGGCUCAGGAGGUCAAGGAGAGCCCCUUCUUCCGCUCGCUGGACUGGCAGAUGGUCUUCUUGCAGAAGUACCCACCCCCUCUCAUCCCCCCACGGGGGGAGGUGAACGCUGCCGAUGCCUUCGACAUUGGCUCCUUUGAUGAGGAAGAUACAAAAGGAAUCAAGUUACUAGACAGCGACCAGGAGCUGUACCGAAACUUCCCUCUCACCAUCUCCGAGCGGUGGCAGCAAGAGGUAGCUGAGACCGUCUUCGACACCAUCAAUGCUGAGACGGAUCGGCUAGAGGCCCGCAAAAAAGCCAAAAACAAGCAGCUGGGUCACGAGGAAGACUACGCCCUGGGCAAGGACUGCAUCAUGCACGGCUACAUGUCCAAGAUGGGCAACCCCUUCCUGACCCAGUGGCAGCGGCGGUACUUCUACCUGUUCCCCAACCGGCUUGAGUGGCGGGGAGAAGGCGAGGCCCCGCAGAGCCUGCUGACCAUGGAGGAGAUCCAGUCAGUGGAGGAGACACAGAUCAAGGAGCGCAAGUGCCUCCUGCUCAAGAUCCGCGGGGGCAAGCAGUUUGUUCUGCAGUGUGAUAGCGACCCCGAGCUGGUGCAGUGGAAGAAGGAGCUGCGCGACGCCUACCGCGAGGCCCAGCAGCUGGUGCAGCGGGUGCCCAAGAUGAAGAACAAGCCACGCUCGCCCGUGGUGGAGCUGAGCAAGGUGCCACUGAUCCAGCGUGGCAGUGCCAACGGCCUCUGACCUGCCCGCCCGCCUGCCACCUGCCCGCCUUUUGUAAACCUCUAAUUUAUUUUGUCGAAUUUUUAUUAUUUGUUUUCCCGCAAAGCGGAAAAGGUUUUAUUUUGUAGUUAUUGUGAUUUCCUGUGGCCCCAGCCUGGCCCAGCCCCCAGGGAGGGGCCUGCUUGCCUCGGCUCCUGCUGCCACCAACUCAGCCACUGUCCAGUGCCCUUUGCCCCGACUCCUGGGCUGCCCAAUCCCAGUGUCUUCCUGUUGGGGAGAGCAGCAGCCCCCCAGCAGCCCCCCUGCCCUUCCCUGGGGCGAAGCCACAUGGAGCUGUGCCACUUACUCUCCGGGCUGGGCUCUGCCAGUGGCCUGGCCAAGUGGCCUAGCAUUCCCCAUCCCAGGGGAGGGCACAGCAUAGGGAUGCUACUUGAACUUUCCCACCAUAGCUCCUCCUGUGACAGGGACAGAGCCCCACCUGUCCUGCGCUUUGGCGCCUGGUGAGGAGAGAGCCCUUGCCUCUCUGGCCCCUGAAGCCUUCUGUAGUGACUGGGGUUCCUGGGCCGUUGUUCAGACUAAGUCCCUGUGUCACUGCUGCUCCCAUCCCCUCUUCCCCGGACCCUGUGGGGCUUGGCAGCCCCCUCAUCCUCUCAGUGAGUGCCCAGGGUUAAGGAGCACAGAAAGGCAUCUGAGGUUUGGGCUCGCACAGCCUAGCCUGGCUCCUGGGUCUUCGCAACCCUGGGCUGGGUGAGGCUCAUAUGCCCAGGACCACAGUAGGCCAGCCUGGGCAGGAGGGUGGCACAGCAAGAAGGGGCCUGCUGGGGCCAGCCCUCCUUGCCCCGGCCAGUGUGCCCUCACCCUUGGCUGUCCAGCCCCACAGCCCACGUCCUGUCAUGCCACCGCCCAUGGCGCCACCUCGCCCACCGCAUGCCCCCUCGUGCCAGUCGCGCUGCCGUGUGUGGUGUUGCGCCCUCUCCCUGGGCCGGGUCAGUGCCACCCCCUUGUCUACUCACUCCCGGGGCGUUUCUUUGCCGAUUUUUGAAUGUGAUUUUAAAGAGUGGAAAAUGAGAAUAUGCGUUUUUAUAAAAAAUGGUGCCUGACCC